GUCACGGGGCGGAGCUUCGGGUGGCGGGAAGAGCAGGCGCCGGAAUGGAGGUCCAGGAGGGUGGCAGUGGCGCGGCCGAGAGCGGGGCUCAGGAGCCUUCGCCUGUCCCCAGCAAGACCGCAGGCGGCGCCAGCCACUACGAGCUGCCGUGGGUUGAAAAAUACAGACCAGUAAAGCUCAGUGAAAUAGUGGGAAAUGAAGACACUGUGAGCAGGCUGGAGGUCUUUGCAAAAGAAGGCAAUGUGCCCAAUAUCAUCAUCGCUGGUCCCCCAGGAACUGGCAAAACGACCAGCAUCCUCUGCUUGGCGAGAGCGCUGCUGGGCCCGGCCCUGAAGGAAGCGGUUCUGGAGCUCAAUGCGUCAAAUGACAGGGGCAUUGACGUGGUGAGGAAUAAAAUCAAAAUGUUUGCCCAGCAGAAAGUCACCCUUCCCAAGGGCCGACAUAAGAUCAUCAUCCUGGAUGAAGCAGACAGCAUGACAGACGGUGCCCAGCAGGCCCUCAGGAGGACCAUGGAAAUCUACUCCAAGACGACACGCUUCGCUCUGGCUUGUAACGCUUCAGACAAAAUCAUAGAGCCCAUCCAGUCCCGCUGUGCAGUACUCCGCUACACCAAGCUCACUGAUGCUCAGGUCCUCACCAGGCUCAUGAAUGUCAUUGAGAAGGAAAAAGUGCCGUACACAGACGAUGGCCUGGAGGCCAUUAUUUUCACAGCCCAGGGGGACAUGCGCCAGGCCCUGAACAACUUGCAGUCCACCUUCUCAGGAUUUGGCUACAUCAACAGCGAGAAUGUAUUCAAGGUCUGUGAUGAGCCCCACCCCCUGCUGGUGAAGGAGAUGCUCCAGCACUGUGUGGAUGCCAACAUUGAUGAGGCCUACAAGAUUCUUGCGCACCUGUGGCACCUGGGCUACUCACCAGAAGACGUCAUCGGCAACAUUUUCCGAGUGUGCAAAACCUUCCCGAUGGCCGAAUACUUGAAACUGGAGUUCAUCAAGGAGAUCGGAUACACUCACAUGAAAGUGGCGGAAGGUGUGAACUCCUUGCUGCAGAUGGCUGGGCUCCUGGCCAGGCUGUGUCAGAAGACCAUGGCUCCGGUAGCCAGUUGAGUUGAGACGUCCUCCAUCGAUGAAACU